CACCAGGACCACUGCUGAGUUGUGUGUGCUCAUGAAUUCAGUGACAUAUGAAGUUGUCUAAUGUAUUUUGGUGACCAAUCGACAACUAUGCUGUUCCCAGCGUUACGACGACGAUAUUGAUAUUGCUGAUAUUGUUCCGGGGAGACAUACACGUACCGUCUUCAUUUUGUGGACACGUAUAAUUCAAAUGAGACACAAAGUGAGCUGCGUCUUCUAUUGAAGGAAUAUUUGGCACGGGAUACUUUGCACUGCCACAGAGAAGCCGAACAACAAGGUCGCUCUGAUGAACCUGGACAACGCAGCCGGCUACCACGUCGCCGUGAGGCCCCUGGACAUGGAGCAGAAAGCCAGCAAGCUCACCUUUGGCUUCCAGCGCAGCUCCACGUCGGACGACGACUCCGGCUGUGCCCUGGAGGAGUACGCCUGGGUGCCCCCCGGCCUGCGCCCCGAACAGGUCCAGCUGUAUUUCUCCUGUCUGCCCGAGGACAAGGUGCCCUAUGUGAACAGCCCCGGAGAGAAAUACCGCAUCAAGCAACUCCUCUACCAGCUGCCUCCACACGAUAAUGAGGUGCGGUACUGCCAGUCGCUCAGCGAGGAGGAGAAGAAGGAGCUGCACAUGUUCAGCGUGCAGCGCAAGAAGGAGGCGCUCGGCAGGGGCACGCUCAAAAUGCUGCCCAGGAACGUAGUGCACGGCAUCUGCGAAUGCUGUCGCGAAGGCAUCAAUGGUGGUGAGAUGGCAGUGUUUGCCUCUCGAGCCGGGCCUGGGCUGUGUUGGCAUCCAUCCUGCUUCUCCUGUUCAACCUGCAACGAGCUGCUGGUGGACCUGAUCUACUUCUACCACGAGGGCAAGAUCCACUGUGGACGCCACCACGCAGAGCUGCUGAAGCCUCGCUGCUCUGCCUGUGAUGAGAUCAUCUUUGCUGACGAGUGCACCGAGGCAGAAGGCCGCCACUGGCACAUGAAGCACUUUGCCUGUUUCGAGUGCGAGACCAUCCUGGGUGGCCAGAGAUACAUCAUGAAGGACGGCCGGCCGUACUGCUGCGGCUGCUUCGAGUCGCUGUAUGCCGAGUACUGUGAGGCGUGCGGGGAGCACAUUGGUGUGGACCACGCUCAGAUGACUUACGACGGACUCCACUGGCAUGCAACAGAGGCAUGUUUCAGCUGUGCCCAGUGUAAGACCUCCCUGCUGGGCUGCCCAUUCCUGCCCAGACAAGGGCGCAUUUACUGCUCCAAGGCCUGUAGCCUGGGGGAGGACGUCCACGCCUCGGACUCCUCCGACUCGGCCUUCCAGUCCGCCCGCUCCCGCGAAUCCCGCCGCAGUGUGCGCAUGGGGAAGAGCAGCCGCUCUGCAGACCAGUGCCGACAGUCAUUGCUCUUCUCCCCCGCGGGGAACUACAAGUUCCCCGGCUUCUCGGGAACGGCGGAGGACACGCUGUCCAACAAGCUGUCCCAGCUCAGCUUCCCCGACGGCCACUUCUGGAGGGGCCGCGAGGAGCAGGAGCAGCAAGAGCAGGAGGCCCCCGAGGAGGACCACGAGGAGUGGGCAGAGCACGAGGACUACAUGACCCAGCUCCUGCUCAAGUUCGGAGAGCACGGGGUCUUCCAGCAGCAGGAGGACAGCAGCAGCACCAGGCCACCAGCGGAGCUCUGGAUGAACGAGUCGCCGGAGGUGAAAGCAAAGGUCAACGAACCCAUGCCAGGCAAUGGCGGCCCUGGAGGCAGCAACAGCAGCCAGAGUCUGGCUAGUAAGAAGUACCAGGUGGACAUGUACUGGGCGCAGUCCCAGGAUGGACUGGGAGACUCGGCGUACGGCAGCCACCCUGGACCUGCCAGCAGCAGGAAGAUCCAAGAGCUGGAUCUCGAGGAACAUGGUGCCAGUGGCUAUAAUUGCAACGACAAGCAGUGGUACGGCGACUCCCUGGAGUGCAUUACGGACGAACUGAAGCAGAAUGGUCCAAGCGUCAGGGACUCCAUGGACUCUCUGGCUUUGUCCAACAUCACAGGGGCAUCAGUUGACGGCGACAGCAAAGACCAGCCCUUGCUCUACUCCUUGACAAACUUUCCUGAGCUUGAUGGCGAGGAGGACCUCGAGAAGAGCAGCAACAUGGGAACGCUCAACUCCUCCAUGCUCCACAGGAGCGCCAACUCCCUGAAGAGCAUGAACUCUGAACUGGGGCAGGAGGAAGAGGAGGUGGUGGAAGAGGAGGAGGAGGAGGAACCAGAGGAGGAAGAGGUGGUGGUGCUACCAGAGGAGAGGCCAAAGAUGCCUCACCUGCCCGUGCUGCGCAGGACCCGCUCGCAGUCCAAGCCGCAGCAGGUGAAGUUCUCAGACGACGUGGUGGACAAUGGACGCUACAGCGAGCUGGAGGUCCGCCAGCCGCCGAUGAGCGAGCGGACGCGCCGGCGCGUGUAUCACUUCGACGAGCCAGACCAGAGGCAGCAGCAGCCACAUCAGCACAACAGCCACCACCACCGUCAUCGUCGGCGCAGGAGCCGCAAGUCCCGCUCGGACAACGCCCUUCACCUUCCCCCAAGGGAGAGGGCUCGCGUCUACUUCAGAGAGGACCACCAUCACCACCACCACAGCCACCAACACAGGCCCGCAGCAGCAGCAGGCCCCCAGCAGUAUGGACAGCAGCACUCACAAGCUCACGCUGCCUCUGACUACGCUCUGCAGCAGCACCCCGCAAUGGAGCGGUUCCUAGGAAUGUACGGGGCCGAUGAUGAUGACUGGUGCUCCACCUGCUCCUCUUCCUCAUCCGAGUCCGAGGAGGAGGGCUUCUUCCUGGGCCAGCCUAUUCCGCAGCCUAUUCGGCAACCCCGGUACCAUUACUACGCUGAUGACCUACCCAGCCCAGUGGCUCCCAACUUUGGCACAAGAACAAAAUCUAAAAAGAAGAGGGGACACAAGGGCAAGAACUGCAUAAUUUCAUAGACCAGAAAUAAUCAUAACCCUAUAAGAUUUUUAUUUCCGCUUUCUUGACUUGCCUCUGUAUAAUACUGUCAACUCCUGGAUGACCAGCAUUAAUUUACACUUUAAAUGUUGAUGGGGACAUCGUGAAAUGGCCUGAAUGAACUAUAACUGUGUUUACAUGUAACAUGCUAUUUGACAAACAUAGAAGUGAAUAUGUCAAAAUUUGUCAUAUUCCAAAAUGUCUUCUUCAAUUUAUCAAUGUGACCAUGUAGAAAAUGGUUCAAGGCCCUUUUUUGCAUUUCAAUAUGCAACUUCAAUUUACAUGUACUAAGCGACCAGCAUCAACAGGUUUAAAAGAUAUUUAUAUAACAGCAUUUACAAACUGAAAUUCUUAUUUAACAGUGCAAAUAUAAAUGUAUAUACUGUAAAGUUAAGAUGUAAAACUGAUAUUUUUAUAUCCCUGAGUUUCAAAAGAUGUUUUUAUAUGUUCUGGCUACAAGUAAUUAGUUUGGGACCUGCAGUAAUGGUUUUGAGUUUUGCUUUUGUUAAUCAGGGUUUUAAAAAUAAUAAAAGUAACAUAUGGUUAUUACAACUUCUGACCCCUGCUAUUUUCAUAUACAGGUUUGUUUUGUACCUAGGUCAAAGAAGGGGGGCAAUAACUCUUCUUUUUAUGUUAUGGCUGGCCUCAUUGAGUUCAACUGUAUUUAUGGGUAAUAGUAUAUUGCGAAUAGAUUCAUAUAAUCUGUAUAAAUGUAAAAAAUCAUGGAAAAUAAGGCUAAUGAAUUCAUAAUAAAAGUAUAUCGACACAACUAUGUGUAUGUGAAAUGAAGUAUGAAGUUUGGUGCUAAAAUG